AUGGCUAACGCUACUGUACAGUACCUGGUUAAAGAAUAAAGAGAUGUGCCAGCCAGAGGACAGUGCUGUUUUUUUGUCAGGAGAAAUUUCCGGCCAAUGCACAGUCAACAUUCCACGGAAGAUGAAAAUAUAUGGAGUCAAUUGAGAGCCAUGCGUAUUCUCCUACAGUUGACAGGCAGGUAUUUUCCUACAGCCAGGCGUCGCACUGGGAAAGCAUCAUUUCAUUUGGCAUCGCCGCUGGCUGGUGAUUUAGCAUGAAUGCUAGCUAACUAAUGUACAACACGCACGUUUAGAUUUAUCCGUAGAAGCGUUGACAGACAGCGGCGUUAGGUUUCUUAAUUUAACGAAUUGUCAUUACCCGCCUCAUGGGUAGCACACACACGUUCCUUCAUAAAUCAAAACCUCCAGACAUAAACUCCGAAGUGACUGUUCCUUAUUAGCUGACAUUUCCUAAAUCGUUGUGAAAACGCUGGGACAACGGAUAUAUCUUUGGAAACAUUAACUUGACAUCUCUGAAGUGUGGCGCACCCUUUAUGCUCCCUUUGACUUGUAGACUGGUAAAGGAAACUUCAGCUUACACUUAUGGAGUGUCAGGCAUGUUAAAGGAUGUGGACCAGCUCUUAGACAGAGGACCGACCCAGGACUGUCACACCGCACGGGCUGCGUGUUCCUGUGGAGCAUAGAGGGUUAACCCUCACCGACCCCCAGACCCGCUGGCUUCUUAUCAACAUGGGACACUAGACCAGUUUUUCUAUACACUUUUCACCCGCCUGUCUUCAUUUGUGUACCUUCUCCCUUCUGCCUGUGAGAGAUUGUUUGGACCAGCAGUGAAUCAGCCAUGACAGGGCACGGCUGUGGUCUGCCAGCUCCUCAGCUGAAGGACGUUUUUUGAAGUGGACCCAAACCAAAAUCGUGCUCAGCCAUCAUGUGCAGAAUGUAUUUAAACCAGGGAUUCCCAGGCGUUUUCACAUCAAGGACCAUUGAAUUAAUGUACAAAAGUAGAAAAGUUGAUUAGGUGUUGCUACAGGGGACCCUAUUUGAGCUGAAUUUGCAAAUUACUGUUGGCACUGUCAACUAGGACAGAGGGACCUGUGAUUAUAUCAGUGAAUUUAACCUUUUCUUCAUUUUGGACCCCCUGGAUACGCUUUCAGGGGCCAUUUGGUGGUCCAUUUUGAACGCCACUGGAUUAUGUUUUCUGAGCUUUAUCAAAAUUUAUCAAACCCUCCGUAUUUUUGAUCAUACCACUGAGAAAGAACUUUUUGACCAUGCACUGAAGACUGAAGUGGAAGCCUUAGCAAGAGUCAAGUUUACAGAGUCAGCCAUGCCUAUCAGAAAAAAAGACACAGCUCGAGCCUUGGGGCUUUUGGAGGAGUACUGUGCUAAACUGAGGAAGCCAGAGGAGCAGCAGCUCAAAACUGCCAUUCAGAGAGUAAUGGGGAUUUUCCAAAGCAACCUUUUUGAAGCUCUUCUUGAUAUCCAGGAGUUUUAUGAAGUCACACUACUAAACACUCAGAAGAGCUGCAAGGAGAAGCUGGAGGAGGUCAACCACAUGGCAGAGAAGUGGGAGAAGGGUGUUUCUAUACAAAACACUGAGCUUGCACAUUCUGCCUGUGCCGUGGAGGAGCAGAGGGAGCAGAACAGCUCAGAGCCUAGUGGGAUGGAGCAGGGAGAGAGCAGCACCAAGGCCUCUGUGAACAGGCCACCAGCAGUACAGGGGUCACCCCACAACGGCCAGCCCUCACCCUGCAUGAACCCUGCCUUGACGAACGCUCCCUGGCAGUACCACUACCAAGAAGGCGACUCGCCGCCUCUUGACCAGGGAUUCCCGCGGCUCACCAACGAAGUGCGCGCCCCUGAGCUCGUGCACGUGUCCGAGAAGAACCUGUCUGAGAUUGAGAACGUGCACGGCUAUGUGUCCCAUUCCCACAUCUCUCCUCUCAAGGCCAGUCCUGCCCCAAUAAUCGUCAACACAGACGCUUUGGAGUCAGUUCCUUAUGUCAAUGGCACAGAAAUUGAAUAUGAAUUUGAGGAAAUCACGCUAGAGAGGGGUAACUCAGGGCUGGGCUUUAGCAUCGCUGGAGGGACAGAUAACCCACACAUCGGUGACGACCCCGGCAUCUUCAUUACCAAGAUCAUCCCUGGGGGAGCUGCAGCAGAGGAUGGACGCCUGAGAGUAAAUGACUGCAUCCUGCGGGUGAACGAUGCAGACGUGUCUGAAGUUUCUCAUAGUAAGGCGGUCGAAGCCCUGAAGGUUGCAGGCUCUAUUGUCCGGUUGUAUGUCCGGCGCCGCAGACCAAUGCUGGAGACCAUUAUUGAGAUCAAACUUAUCAAAGGACCAAAAGGACUUGGCUUCAGUAUUGCUGGUGGAGUUGGAAACCAGCACAUACCUGGUGACAACAGCAUAUACGUCACCAAAAUCAUUGAUGGCGGGGCAGCGCAGAAAGAUGGCCGGCUACAAGUUGGAGACAGAUUGCUCAUGGUGAACAACUACAGUCUGGAGGAAGUGUCUCACGAAGAGGCUGUGGCCAUUUUGAAGAACACCUCAGAUGUGGUCUACCUGAAAGUGGGAAAGCCCACCAAUGUCUACCUAUCAGAUCCCUAUGGGCCUCCUGAUAUCACACACUCUUUCUCUCCAGCUAUGGAAAAUCAUAUCUCUUCCCCCGUCAACAGUGGCACUCUGGAGUACAAGUCUGGUCUCCCCCCCAUCUCCCCUGGGAGUUAUUCCCCCCUCCCUAAGCACUUACUGGGGGAAGAGGAUAUAAACAGGUUGGAUGGUUUUUCCUUCUUACGAAAUCCCUCGCUAGAUGAUGGAGAGAGCCACAGGUUUGAUUCCCAGCAUUUCCAGUUGAGGCCUCCUGAGCCAGUUUACAGCACUGUGAACAAACUAUGUGACAAAGCACCCUCCCCCCGACACUAUUUUCCACUGGAGUGCGACAAAAGCCUCCUCCACUCUGCCCCCCUCCCAAACUAUCACUUAAGCCUGUUCCCUGACUCGGACUUCAUCAGGGAACCCAGGAAAGUCGUGCUCCACAAAGGCACUACAGGCCUGGGUUUCAACAUCGUUGGUGGUGAAGAUGGUGAGGGCAUCUUUGUCUCCUUCAUCCUGGCCGGAGGGCCUGCAGACCUGAGUGGAGAGCUAAGGCGAGGUGACCAGAUCUUAUCGGUAAAUGGCAUUGACCUACGAGGAGCGACACAUGAACAAGCAGCAGCAGCACUGAAAGGAGCUGGACAGGUGGUUACCAUCAUUGCCCAGUACAGACCAGAAGAACUUGCUCUAUGUUCGCCUCGACGGGCCCAUUCUCCUGCACCAGAGUAUGGGCGUUUUGAGGCCAAAAUCCAUGACCUGCGGGAACAGAUGAUGAACCACAGCAUGAGCUCGGGGUCAGGAUCCCUGAGAACCAAUCAAAAGAGAUCGCUAUAUGUGAGGGCACUAUUUGACUAUGAGAAGUCAAAGGACAGCGGCCUCCCCAGCCAAGGGCUCAGCUUCAGGUACGGGGACAUCCUCCACGUCAUCAACGCCUCCGAUGAUGAGUGGUGGCAGGCUCGCCGUGUCACCCAACAUGGAGACAGUGAGGAAAUGGGUGUCAUCCCCAGCAAGAGACGGGUGGAAAGGAAAGAGCGGGCACGUCUAAAGACCGUGAAAUUCAAUGCCAAGCCGGGGUCAUUUGAUUCUAAAGGGUCAUUCAAUGACAAACGUAAAAAGAAUUUCAUCUUUACACGAAAGUUCCCAUUCUACAAGAACAAAGAGGGUGAGCAGGAUGGCAGUGAUUCAGACCGGAGUCAAGAGGACGUGAUUCUCUCAUAUGAACCUGUGCUGCGGCAAGAAAUUAAUUAUGCCAGACCCGUCAUAAUCCUCGGGCCGAUGAAGGACAGAAUCAAUGAUGAUCUGAUAUCAGAGUUUCCAGACAAGUUUGGGUCUUGUGUGCCACAUACCACUCGGAUGAAGAGGGACUAUGAGGUGGAUGGGCGAGACUACCACUUUGUGAUGUCCAGAGAGCAGAUGGAGAAGGACAUCCAAGAGCACAAGUUCAUUGAGGCUGGACAGUACAAUGAUAAUCUGUAUGGAACGAGUGUCCAGUCUGUAAAAUAUGUGGCUGAAAGGGGUAAACACUGCAUUCUGGAUGUGUCUGGAAAUGCCAUCAAACGACUACAAGUAGCACAACUCUAUCCCAUCGCCAUCUUCAUAAAACCUAAAUCUACUGAUUCAUUAAUGAACAUGAAUAAGAGACUGACAGAGGAACAAGCCAAGAAGACAUUUGACAGGGCUAUGAAGCUGGAGCAGGAGUUUGGUGAAUUCUUCACAGCCCUGGUUCAAGGAGACACCUUAGAGGACAUUUAUAACUACUGCAAACAGGUCAUAGAGGAACAUUCAGGACCCUAUAUCUGGAUCCCCUCAAAGGAGAAACUAUAAUAACUCAUCACCCUGGAAGGGAGUCUGGACUACUAGAAAGUAGAAAUAAGUUGUAACAUAUGAUAACUGUAUGGCUAUGAAGAGUCUUCAUAAAUAAUUGUUGUGAAUAUGUUUUGGACUUUUUUCCCCCUCUUUUCUUUUGUUUGCUUAUUGCUUCAUUUUUCACUCAACAUGAAUGUUCCUGAAUGUAUACCACAAAGUGUUAGGAAAUGUAGGUCUUGAAACAUGAACCAUUUGUAUAUUUGUUUACUUUUCUUUUGAACAAAAAAGGAGAAGAAAUGUAAUGAAAACUAAAUAAAUAUGGCAUGCGUGUCCACAUUGGCACACUGGAGGCAGCAUAAACUGCAGAUUUCUUUGCUUCACUAAUGAAAGUAUUACAACUGUGACACUGUCACCCUCCCUUCUCACUGCAACAAUAGCAAAUAAUCAUAUGAAGAUCAGUGUGUCAUCUUAUUUUGCACCUGUGUAUUCCCUGAGCAGAGCUAUACUUUGUGUUUGUUUGUAUUGUCAUUUCUUUGUGAAUUACUGUACUUAUUUCUUCAACAUGAGUUGGAGGCUGUUUGAGGAAAACAAAUUAUUCACAAAGAUUUUCAUGUUUUAUUAUUAUUUAAAAGCAGACUUUUAUCAUCCAGCUGUUGCACUGACAUUGAUAUGAAUGAAAAGUAAAGGGAGAAACCUGCUAACAGCAACAGAGAUGUAACACUAUAUUUUGCUACCUAAAUUGCUAGAGGGCACAAAAGCACAGAAUUAUUUAUUAUUGAAAAUAUAACUUUGAUUAAAAGGUCAUUUACAGAGCAUAUUUUAUUUGCGUGAUGUACUAUGUUGUGACUGUGUUAGGAUGGAUGAUAAUAUUGUGGUGAAAGACAUUUCAUGUUCACAGUAUACACUGAUAAGCCAUAACAUUAAAACCACCUGCUUAAUAUUUUGUAGGUUCCACUUGCGCUGCCAAAAUAGCUCUGACCUCUCAGGGGAAGGGACACAGGACCUUUUGGGGUAUUUUGUGGUAUUUUGAGCAAUGCUUAGGUGGGUGAUGUGUGUGUCAGAGAACAUCAACAGGAUUGCCAGAACCCCAAGUUUCCUCUGCAGAAAACUGCAUUGUAAACAGAUUUUAUUCACUUCAGCUGUCACUGUUUUUUCUGUUGUGGCUGAUUGGUGUACUUGGACUGGAGAGGGUGGUCUAAGGAGUGAACAAAUUUAAUACUGAAACACCUUUUUGUCUUUUGAAACCGUGGUCAGACAAUGACAAAUAGGAAUAAAAAUGAACUACAAAUCCUUUUUUGAAAAUAUACAAAUAUCUGGUAGAAAAGUGAGGAAAGGCUGAACAUGAAAGUAAAUUGAUUGCAGAAAUUACAAAAUACAAUUGGAUAAUAAUCUUCUUUAGCAACAUUAUGGAGUCGAUAAGGACUUGAGAGGUUAAAAAGAUGAGUUGUUCAACUUUAUUUUGAACAAGAUACUGAUUCAUAUGGCUUGUUCUUUUCAGGCAGGCUAUUCCAAAGUCGUGAUGAGAAAGGUUUGAUAAUGUUGGAUUUACAGCUUUGGAAGACCCAACAUACAGUCGGACCCACUGACCAGAGGCUGCUUUCAGGUUCAUAUAAAAUUAUUGUACAUUAUCUUGGUGUUUCUCCAGAUAAUGUUUCCAUGUUGAACUGCAGCAGAAGCAUAGUAACACAAAGCAAAGAUUUUGUAUUAAAGAAACUGUAACUUCAAAAGAUGAUCAGUUGAUGUGUCAAAUUUUUUGUCCCCCAUCACAUAUAUAGGAAAAUCAUUAGGGAAGGGAUUUCUUAAUGUCCAGUGUGAACAGAAGAAAUGAUUACAACAAGAAAAACCUAACUCACUGUACAUAUGGGCACCAGGAUAGAAAAACAGGCA